CUUCUGCCUUUGUAUUGAGAGUUUUCAGUGACCUCCAGUCAGGCAGAGCUCGGGAUCUGGGGGUGGGAAAGCCCUGAGGGAAGCUUCAGUAGCUGAGCGGGGUUGGAGCUAAGCUUGGACCGCUGCGGGCAUCCCCACCUGCCUGGGCGGGUGGUCCCUGAGAGCCUACUUCCGCUCUCUGCAGAGCGGACUAAGCCCAGCUUGACUCUCAUUGGCUUAACGGAGGUAAGUGACAGAUCCCGAGCCAAUGGAAGGUAAAAGCUGCCCAGCACCCGCCUAAUUCGGGUGCUGCUUCUAGGGCCUCAGACCCGCGCGUGUCCAGUAGCGAGCUGCCGCCAUCCCAGACUGAGAGGACUGACAGGCGGCGCCCGUCACUGGGGUCGCUUGUCGCCAACCCCUCAGUUCUUUCUCAUCGUCCCCCAAGUGCUUCUAAUACUGACUCCGCGGCCCCGCGCGUGCCUGCGGAGGACGGGACCAUCUGGCCCAACGAGCCCACGCCCACCGAAGGUUUCGCCCACUCCCCGCCGGAGGCCGCAGCGGCCUAGCGUAGGCCUUGGGACCUGUUUGAUCGAGCUAGGACUGGACAGGCCGCGGCGGAGAUCGCCCGAACCGAGGUGAGGCAGCUUCAGUGUACCGCAAGGGCUCAUCUGGAAGAAUCUCUUCGGGUUCUAGCCUUAACCCUCCGUCCCGCCGGCCGCCCCAGCCAGGUCGCAGCCAGCAGAGGGCGCUGCCGGGCAUGGCCGAGGAGCGUCGCGGGGCCUGGUUCGGCUUCGGUUUCUGCGGCUUCGGGCAGGCGCUGGGCUCGGGGCGCGGGCGCCAGGUACACAGCCCCGAGCCUCUGAGGGCGCCGGGUGCGGGCCUCGAUGUCUGCCGCGUGAGCGCGAGCUGGAGCUACACCGCCUUCGUGACCCGUGGAGGAGGCCAGGUGGAGCUGUCUGGCUUCGCCGUCGGAGCGGUGGGCGGCUGCAGGGACGCAUGGGCGUCGGAGGAGCUCCUGGUGGUGCUGCGGGCGGGGCCGGGACCCGGGGCCGGGACGGAGCUGCAGGCCUGGGCGCCCGGUUCGGCGCUGCGCGGGGAGCCCCUCUGGGCCCAGACCGUGCCGGAGGCCGAGCGGGAAGACGGACCGGGCGGCGAUGAGACCCAGGCUGGGCCGCUGCCGCUGCUGCCCUGCGCUCGCGCCUACGUGAGCCCGCGGCCGCCCUUCUACCGGCCUCUGGCCCCGACACUGCGGGCGCGCCGGCUGGAGCUGGGCGCUGAGCACGCGUUGCUGCUGGACGCGGCGGGCCAGGUGUUCUCCUGGGGCGGGGGCAGGCACGGACAGCUGGGCCACGGGACUCUGGAGGCAGAGCCGGAGCCGAGGCUGCUGCAGGCGCUGCAGGGCCUAACCAUGGCUGAGGUGGCCGCAGGUGGCUGGCACUCUCUGUGUGUGAGUGAGGCUGGGGAUAUUUAUAUCUGGGGCUGGAAUGAAUCAGGGCAGCUGGCCCUGCCCACCAAGAGCGUGGCAGAGGAUGGAAAGACAACCUCAGAAGCCUCAGGACUGAAUGAAGAUGGUUCUGAAGUGAAGAGAGUAGCCGGGGGUGAGGAUGGAGCCCCCACCCCCUUCAUAGCUGUCCAGCCCUUCCCGGCUUUAUUGGACCUCCCCCUGGGCUCAGAUGCAGUCAAGGCCAGCUGUGGAUCCCGGCACACAGCAGUGGUGACAAGAACGGGGGAGCUCUACACCUGGGGCUGGGGUAAAUAUGGACAGCUUGGCCACAAAGACACGACCAGCUUGGAUCGGCCCUGCCGUGUGAAGUACUUUGUAGAUAAGCAACUCCAAGUAAGGACCGUGAGCUGUGGGCCCUGGAACACCUACGUGUAUGCUGUGGAAAAAGAGAAGAGCUGACAUGUAUAGAUAAGGGCAUAAAAUAAAUGUAGAGUGAAAAAUUAUGAAGCUAACACCUGUGAAACUCCCCCCAGGUCAAGGAAGACCAUUGCCAGCACCCCAGAGGCCCCACAUCUGGCCUUCCCUAUCACAGCCCUCUUGCUCCACCUUAGAGCAGGCAGCAUCCUCAACUUUGUCUUCACAUUAGAAACACCUGGAGGGAACUCCCUGGCGGUCCAGUGGUUAGGACUCUGCGCUUUCACUGCCUAGGACGCGGGUUCAGUCCCCGGCCUGGGAACUAAGAUCACACAAGCCGCGUGGCACAGCGUGGCCCAAAAAAGAAAAGAAAAGAAACAAACACCUGGAGAUUUGAAAUCAGAACUUAGGGGUGUGGAACCUAGAUGUGGGUAGAUUUUUUAGGCUGCCACACCCCACCCCACCCCCCGUGAUUUGGAGGUAGUGCUAAGAUUGGGAACCACUAGAGGUCAUCUUAUUUUGUUAUUCAUACACCUGUUUUCAUUUUGACUCAUACCAUUCCUUGUAUGCAUCUUUAUACAAUAUAAUUUGUCUGCUUUUGAACUUUAGGUAAAUAGAAUCAUUCUGUGUAUGUUCUUUUAUGUCUUGUUUUUUCAUCAGCACUGUGUGAUUCAUCUGUGGUGUCGUGCAGUUGAUUCAUUU